CCCCGAAACCUUAAACUAAAUUACUGAUAGCAACCGAACAACUACUUAUCAUCGCCUGCUCCUCUUCCUGCCCAUGCGUCUGCACCGAAAAACUUCCCCCCUCUUCCUCUCAGACAAAGACUAGACAAUGCCAGCCCUCUUCGAGUCCAUCAAGAUUGGAGCCUGCGAGCUCAAGCACCGCAUCGCAUUAGCCCCGCUGACGCGCUACCGCAACGACGACGACAACGUGCCAAUCCCCGAGCUCAUGCCGGAGCACUACGCCGCGCGCUGCCUCGUCCCCGGCACGCUUCUGAUUUCGGAAGCGACCGAGAUUGCGGAUUUUGCGGGCGGAUAUGUCAAUUGCCCUGGCAUCCACACGCCCGAGCAGAUCGAGGGAUGGAAAAAGGUCACGGAGGCAGUCCAUGCCAAAAACGGCUUCAUCUUCCUCCAGCUCUGGGCCCUCGGUCGGGUUAACCCCGGCACGAAAGUGCCCGACGUCGUCAGUGCGAGCACCAUCAAAGCCAACACCGUCGAGAGCGUGCCCCGUCCGCUUUCGAUCGACGAGAUUGAGAAGUACGAAGACACCUACGCGGCCGCAGCCAAGAACGCCAUCGCGGCAGGCUUCGACGGCGUCGAAGUCCACAGCGCGCACGGGUACCUGCUCGACCAGUUUUUGGAAGACGUGUCAAAUGACAGGACGGACAUCUACGGCGGCUCGAUCGAGAACCGCGCGCGCUUCACGCUGAACGUGAUGGAUAAAGUCUGCGCGGCGAUCGGCGACGAAAAGACAGCCAUCCGGCUCUCGCCGUUCAGUAACUUCCAGGGCAUGGGCAUGAAAGAUCCCUACCCGACGUUCUCGUACGUGAUCUCCUCGCUCGAGGCAAAGCACCCCAAGCUCGCGUACAUGCACGUCGUCGAGCCGCGCGUGUCAGCCGGCUCUGACCGUCCGACGAACGAGAGCGAGUCGACGGAGCCGUUCAAGAAGCUCUGGUCGGGCGCGUGGAUGACGGCCGGGGGGUUCACGCCGGAGACGGCGAUUAAGUAUGCGGACGAGCACGAGAACUCGCUCGUUGCGUUCGGACGACAUUUUAUCUCGAACCCGGACCUCGUUGCGAAGAUUAUCGAGGGAAUGCCGUUGACGGAUUAUAACCGCGACACGUUCUAUCUGCAUAAGGAUCCGAAGGGGUAUAACGAUUACCCGUACUCUGAGGAGUUGAAGGGGAAGUACUAUUAGACUGUAUAUACUGAGAUAGACUAGAUUGUAAUUAGCAUAGAGAGGGUUAUAGAGUAUAUAGAUA